GUUAUGAAAAUAUAGAGGAUUUAUAUAAGAAAAUCAAUUGUUUAUAAGAAAUUGAAUAAAUAGAAGUUCCUACCUUAUUUGUUUCAUCUAUGGAUGAUCCAGUUAUUCAAUCUUCUUAUAUUCCAAAAGAGAGAAUUCUAAAUAAUAAAAAUCUCAUUUUAGCAUUAACUAAAAAAGGAGGUCAUAUUGAAUGGUUUACAGGUUUUAAAGCUGUGAGAGUAAGGUUAUUGUAAUUAAAUUUAGUGGAUUAAUAAACCAGCUAUAGAAUUUUUAAAUUAUCUGGAU